CGCGAGCGAUCGCGAAGUAAACGAUGUUCUUUCUUUGAAGCUGCUGGGGCACCUUUUUUUUUUCCUUCCUUCCCCCUCCCACCCACUGUCAAACCGUCUUCAAACCGCGCACGCCGUCAGCUCGAGCGCCUCUGGCCGGGAAUGGAAGUUGAACGUGUCGACUGAAGAGUGGAGGUUGUUUCCUGAAGCUCGACCUGCCGCCGAAACGCACCGACUUCCUCCUCGCGCCGCCUCCGCCGCAGACCAGCCGCUGUCCUCGUGCUCGUUCGCUCCACACUAACAUCUGGACACGCCACAGCACGUCUACUGGCUUCCUCCUAACCUAAACGUGUCUGUGUGCUUUAUUAUUUUGCUGCCUGUAUGAUGCCGAAACAUUUGCGAUUCCGGAGAAGGUCAUAUCUUGGGCUUUUAUUUCUUUUUUCACUGUCCACAUCCGCAUUGUAUUUCAUCUACUCCGCCCCCGGAAUCGUGAAUGAGUAUGUGUUCAUGGUCCAAGCCAGAGGGAUCCAGAUCAGGGAAAACGUGAGGAACAUCGGCGCUCAGGUUCUCGAGCAGGUGGUGAGGGGAGCUUAUAAUGCCAACAGCACAGACUACUCUUAUGACUUCAACAUGAGCGAGAGUGACGCUCCUCCUGCCACAUACCUCCCAGAGGGUUUCACCUACCUCCCCUCGCAGAUUUGCCCUGAGAGGCUGCCCUCUAUGAAGGGUAGAUUGGAGGUGAAUAUGAGUGAAGUGUCUCUGGAGGAGGUGGAGAGAACCUUAUUGGACAGAGAACCUAGCCUGGCUCCAGGAGGCUACUGGAAGCCAACAGACUGUUUACCUCGCUGGAAUGUGGCAAUCCUAGUUCCGUUCAGAAACCGGCAUGAACACUUGCCCAUCCUCCUGAGACACCUGGUGCCAGUACUGCAGAAACAGAGGCUCCAGUUUGCCUUUUAUCUCAUAGAACAGGCUGGCACGGAGCCAUUUAACCGAGCCAUGUUGUUCAAUGUGGGCUACAAAGAGGCCAUGAAGGACCUGAACUGGGACUGUCUGAUCUUCCAUGAUGUGGACCACCUCAUGGAGAAUGACAGGAACUACUAUGGGUGCACAGACAUGCCUCGGCACUUUGCAGUCAAGCUCGACAAAUAUUCUUACAUGCUCCCGUAUAAUGAGUUCUUCGGUGGCGUCAGUGGCCUGAUGGUGAAGCAGUUCCAAAAGAUUAAUGGAUUUCCUAAUGCAUUCUGGGGCUGGGGUGGAGAGGACGAUGACCUCUGGAACAGGGUGCGGCUUGCCAAUUACACAGUGAGUAGGCCGCGUGGAGAACUGGGACGCUACAUGUCAAUUACACAUCAUCAUCGUGGAGAAGUGCAGUUCUUGGGCAGGUAUAGUCUACUACGCCACUCGAAGGAGAGACAGAAAGUGGAUGGUCUUAACAACCUGAACUACUCCCCUCUAGUGUCCAGGAGGCCUCUCUACACCAACAUCACAGUCAGCUUGAGCAGAAAACUUGCACCCAUAGCGGACUACUGACGUCAGCAUAACUGGACUGCAAAGCCACCUGAGAAUCGAAGUCGUCUGGGACAUCAGCCAUAUCUCACCAGUUGCAGCACUGCUUAGGAUUGUUUUGUUUUUUUUUAUUGUUUGCUUCAGUUCCUUCAGUUGUUUGUGAGAACAGACUCAUUAUGUUGGAUAAAUGCUAUAAGAAAAGAGAUAAAUGCUGCACUCGUUUGUGCCACAUCAUUCCUGUCACCCAAUCUCACCAAGUCUUCAGUCUUCACAUGCCUUUUGCACCAUUCUGGCCUUCAGCACACAUUAAUUAAUCCCCCCCACCCACACCAACUAAUCAGUGGUGAGUCCAGUUGUACACUGUUCAUUCGAAAGAAGCUGCAACAUAGGGCUACAAACAUACAAGUUGGACUUGCACGUGCUGACACUGUUCCCGGGGCUUUGAUUUUACUUUGCUCUUGCACUUCGGUAUUUCCACAAAUGCAGUAAAAUCUGUGAGAACAUUUGCAUACACACAAACGACCACAGCAGAGCACGUUUGCAGCUGGUUCUGCAAAACGGGUAUGCCAAAUCUCCAAGCGAAGUGGGCAAGAGAAAAAUAUGAUACAAAGAGUGAGUGUUUCAAAGUUACACAUGUGAAACAGUCUGGCCUAAUAUCAGAGAAUAUUGUUGGCUUAAUUGUCUCUUUUUGUUUUUUUUUUGUUUUGUGAAUGUGUUGUUCAAACAGACUGUGAUGUUUUUUUUUUUUUUAUGUUUGCAUAGCUGUGUUGUAUGUUUCCAGCUGCCUGCAUGCCUAUAUGUUGGAGAGCGACGAUGCUCGUCCCGUUAGCAAUAAGCUGUGAUAUCAGACAGCAGAAACUUCGACCUGACUUCUUCACUAUAAAGAUGCAAUAGCACGGGUGCUAGCUUCCCCUUAUUGGACUGUAGAGAAGGAAGGAUUGUAUGCAAACUUACACAAUAGACACACCUUUGCCUCAGCAAACAUGCCGCCCUGUCACAACCUGUCUGUGUGAUUGAGUGCGUAGGAUGAGGGAGAGCUAUGCAAAUGGCCUGUAGGCGUCCUGUUGUUGGCACGAGGUCUAGGUGAUCUCCAGGAGACUUCAUGCCUCAAACUGUGACCGUAUUGACUUCAGACCUCGCUUUGUGAGCGGCGUGUAUGCUGGAAGCCAGAGUCGGAGAACAGUUGUCAUUUUUUUGAUUCUGCACCUUUAGUGGGAAGUUUGCUCGCCUUCAUCUAAAUAACCAGAGGUGGAGAAUACUUGAUCGUUGUCACUAGUGUUUACAGUAGCUUUCGCUUUAUUUUCACAUUUAGUGUUCGCGACUCUGUAAAACGUUGACAUCAGGCUGCCUUUUAGUGUUGUUCGACAUCUUUGUCUAGACUGAGAAGCAGGAUCUCAUCGCAGGAGGUGAUAAGUCGCUGACAAGCUGCUUUUUAUCCCCACGGGCUUCUGCUGCUAAUUCUUUUUCCUCUAUGAGGCGUUUGGUCUCCAUGGAGUUUUUGUUAGGUGGCAUAGAAUCCUGACGCAGCGCUGACACAGAAUGGCAGCAUUGUGUCAGUACACGCUGAAAAAGGGGGGGG